CUCAUGCUUUCACUCAAUGUUCCACUGAACUAAAAUCCCAACUCGACCUUAUGAGCCUAUACACGUUUGAAGAGUUUAAGAACUGCAAAACACAAGGACAGCUGUAAACUGAACCUCAGAGAUCUUGAUAAUUCAUCAUCUGAUCCUCUUCAUCAUGAUGCUGUUUCUUCAUGUGCUGAUGCUGAUUCUUCUCUCCGGUGGUUCGGCCAGAGUUGUGAAGAAUUUUGAGCCUAAAUGUCAUGCAUUUUUUGCAAUUGGAAAAUCACCAACAACAUUUACUGGAUCACAGUACAAGCAGAUCUGCCAAACUCGAAGUGAUGUUGUUCAUUUUGCAACAUAUUAUGAUACUGACAACAGGAUCCCAGUGUACUCAGCCUACAAGUUUAAAGGGAAAAUGGACUGCACAAGACAAAACAAUUGGUUAAUUGAACCUCAACUUGAUGGGGAAACAGGACCAAACAUGGCAUCUGAGGGGUCUGUGGAUAAAGAUCUACGUGGAAUCCAUCAGGCUCUCGAUGGAGACUAUGAGAAUUCUGGGUUUGACAGAGGUCAUCUGGCACCUGUCUAUCAGGCACAAUCACAGAGCUGUGCUGACGCCACCUUCACUCUCACCAAUGCUGCUCCACAAGACCCCUCUUUUAACAGAGGUCAAUGGAAGGAACUUGAAAGAAACAUGGCAGAAACACUGUCCAAGCAAUGCAAAGAGUAUUCUGUUUUCAUUGUAACAGGGGUGACACCAGGUAGAAAUAAAAUAAAAACAGACAGAGUUAAUGUGCCUAGUCAUUUCUGGACUGCAUACUGCUGCUUAGACAAAAAUGGUAUAUGUCAAAUCUCAAAAGGGUUUAUUGGAAAGAAUGAAAACAAUCCUCCUGAAGAAAAAAAUGUGAAUGAUUUAGAGAAAGAUUUGGCAAGGCUUUAUGGUGUCACAUCUUUUGAGGUGUUUGAUAGCGAUACAGAACCAAUAGAACCAAAGCCACGAAAAAGAAUAAAGCUUUUCUGAAACUGAUAAUGAUAUUGUCUGAAAGAGAAACUUUAAGAAAACCAAUUUUUUUUUGUUAUAAUUAUUUUUGACUAGAUUAUAACUAACAGCUGAAUCAUAAUGAGAAUCAUAAAGAAAACUAUUGCAAAAAUUCUGCAAUUCAUACACAUUUGAAUUGAAACAAUUAUAAUGUGUAUAAAUGA